UUUCAGAGUCUCCUGAUGCUCAUGGACAGCCCACUGAAUCGUGCUGGUCUCCUGCAGGUUUACAUCCAUACGCAGAAGAAUGUUCUAAUUGAAGUCAAUCCCCAAACUAGAAUCCCAAGAACUUUUGAUCGAUUCUGUGGUCUUAUGGUUCAGUUGCUGCAUAAGCUCAGCGUUCGAGCAGCUGAUGGGCCUCAGAAAUUGUUGAAGGUGAUUAAAAAUCCAGUCAGCGAUCAUCUCCCUGUGGGCUGUAUGAAGAUAGGUACCUCUUUUGCAGUUCCAAAAGUGUCAGAUCUGCGUGAACUGGUUCCUACAGCGGAGCCAGUUGCCAUCGUUGUGGGAGCUUUUGCCCAUGGUUCGGUCAGUGUUGACUAUACAGAAAAGAUGGUCUCCAUCAGCAACUAUCCCCUCUCUGCUGCCCUGACAUGUGCCAAAAUUACCACUGCCUUUGAAGAGGUCUGGGGAGUGGUAUGA